UUGUCGGAGAGAAGACGUGCAUGCGACGACAAACCCACACACAACACGCGCUCGUCCUGAUGCAGGGAGGUCGGGUGGUCGAGAUGGACGUAGGGCUCGGUGAAGGACGACGGAGGUGGUCUGUAUAACGUAGUUAGGCCGCCGAGACUAAUGAAACUCUUACACGUAUCGAAACGCGACUCGACGCGCUCUCCUCGACUUGCUACUCGACUAGUUUUGCACCCGCGACCGCUGUUCGGAUCACGAGACGAGAGAGAACUGGGGAGAGGGAAUUCGAUAGAGAGCAGGGCGGCGCGGCCCAGUACUAAUACACACGAGAGGAGUUCUAGAACCUUGGAAGCGCGAGAGGGAUAAAAAAGUAGAAGAGAGGGAGAGAGACGUCGGCGAGCGAGAGAUGGUUCGAAAGAAGCGCGAAG